AUGCUCCGCCGCGUCGUCCUGUCGCGCGCCGCCUUUCGUCGCGUGUCUCCACCGAUGCGCAGUGUCAGCCACACUGCAGUUUGCUAUGCGGAGGAGCACGAGACGCCCACGGACGGAGCAGCUGCCGCGAAAGAGAAGACGACCGACGAGCCCAAAGCAGAGCUGUCGGAGUCGGAGACGCUGCAGAAAGAGGUCGAGGAGCUCUCGAAAGCCAACAGAGACAUGAACGACCGUCUGCUGCGGGCUCUGGCGGACGCAGAGAACGUGCGGCGCAUCUCCCGCAUCGACGUGAGCAACGCACGAGAGUUUGCCAUCUCCAAGUUUGCGAAAGCGCUGCUCGACGUGUCGGACAAUCUGAAGCGCGCGCACGAGAGCAUUGACGUGGGGGCCCUGCAGCCCGAGAAGCAGCUGGACGCGAUCAAAGUGUUGCACGAAGGUGUCGUGAUGACGGAGAGCCAGUUGCAGAAGGUGUUUCGGGAGUUCAAGAUCAAUCAGGUGGGCGCAGUGGGGGACAAGUUUGACCCCAACGUGCACGACGCUCUGUUUGAGUACGAGGACGCCACGAAGGAGGCAGGAUCGAUUGGACAGCUCGUGAAGCCGGGCUACCUGUUGAACGAGCGAGUCAUUCGCCCAGCGCAGGUGGGGGUCGUCAAGGCGCCUUCCAAGGCGCAGUAG